UCGGUAAGUGUAGUUUUGGGGGGAAUUGGAAGGGAGGCAGGGAGGCUCGUCUCCGCUCUCCGGAAGACGGGCUGGCCAUGCUUUGAGGAAGCCUAGGUAUCCGGACGGGUGGAGGUAGCGCGGCCCAUCGGCCUCCCACCUGGAGCCAUGGUCUCCCAGCUAAGCCAGUUACAGACAGAGCUCUUGGCCGCCCUGCUGGAAUCGGGACUGACCAAGGAAACCCUGAUCCGGGCCUUGGGUGAGACGGGACCCUAUGACUCGACGGGAGAGACCUCUCUGGACAAGAGGGAGCCCUGCGGCGGCGAGCUGGCCGAGCUCCCCAAUGGGCUGGGAGAGCCGCGGGGCUCUGAGGAUGAGACGGACGACGAAGGGGAAGAUUUCACGCCCCCCAUCCUGAAGGAGCUGGAGAACCUGAGCCCGGAGGAGGCGGCCCACCAGAAGGCCGUGGUGGAGACGCUCUUACAGGAGGACCCAUGGCGGGUGGCAAAGAUGGUCAAGUCCUACCUUCAACAGCACAACAUUCCCCAGAGGGAGGUGGUGGACACCACUGGCCUCAACCAGUCCCACCUGUCCCAGCACCUCAACAAAGGCACCCCCAUGAAGACUCAGAAGCGGGCUGCCCUGUAUACCUGGUAUGUCCGCAAGCAGCGGGAGGUGGCCCAGCAAUUCACCCAUGCGGGACAAGGCGUACUGGCUGAGGAGCCCAUGGGAGAUGAACUGCCCACCAAGAAGGGGAGGAGAAACCGUUUCAAAUGGGGUCCAGCCUCUCAGCAGAUCCUGUUCCAGGCUUAUGAGAGGCAGAAGAACCCCAGCAAGGAGGAGAGGGAGGCUUUGGUGGAGGAGUGUAACAGGGCUGAGUGUAUCCAGAGAGGGGUCUCCCCAUCACAGGCCCAGGGCUUGGGGUCUAACCUGGUCACCGAGGUGCGUGUCUACAACUGGUUUGCCAAUCGACGGAAGGAAGAGGCCUUCCGGCAUAAGUUAGCCAUGGACACGUUUAGCGGGCCCCAACCUGGCCCUGGCCCUUCACUGUCAGCACAUGGCUCCCCUGGCCUCCCCCCACCUUCUAUCUCCCCCAGCAAAGUCCAUGCUCCAGGUGUUCGCUACAGCCAACAGCCGACUAGCGAGGCAGAAUCAUCCGGGGGCAGCGGCCACGGUGGGGGCAGCAUGGUAACAACUCCCACCGUUCUGCACCAGAUAUCCCCUCCAGGCUUGGAGCCCAGCCACAGCCUGCUCAACGCUGAUGCUAAGCUGGUCUCGGCAUCUGGGGGGACCCUUCCUCCUGUCAGCACCCUGACUGCCUUACACAAUUUAGAGCCAAUGCCCCCAGGGAUCAACCAGCAGCCCCAGAACCUGAUCAUGGCCUCACUCCCUGGGGUCAUGGCCAUUGGGGCAGGCGAGCCUUCUUCCUUGGGACCCACCUUCACCAACACAGGAGCUUCUACUUUGGUCAUUGGCUUAGCCUCUAGCCAGGCCCAGAGUGUACCUGUCAUCAACAGCAUGGGCAGCAGCUUGACCACCCUACAGCCUGUCCAGUUCUCCCAGCCAUUGCAUCCCUCCUAUCAACAGCCACUCAUGCAACAGGUGCAGGGCCACAUGGCCCAGAGUCCCUUCAUGGCCACCAUGGCUCAGCUGCAGAGUCCUCAUGCCCUCUACAGUCACAAACCUGAUGUUACUCAGUACACGCACACUGGCCUCCUCCCCCAGACCAUGCUCAUCACCGACACUGCCAACCUCAGUGCACUUGCCAGCCUGACGCCCACCAAACAGGUCUUCAGCUCAGACUCUGAGACCCCCAGUGAGUCCGGGUUACACACGCCGGUGUCUCAGGCUUCAACCAUCCACAUCCCCAGCCAGGACCCAG